GUGAAGCAAGUACAUUUCCAAGAUGCAGUUGUGUAUUCGAGGACAAAAUACUCAUUUUCUUGAGUGUCAAGAAUCUGAAACUAUUGGACAAAUCAAGGGGCGCAUUGCUUCUUUGGAAUCUUUGAAAGAUUCUGAAAUCAGUCUCUAUGCUGCUGGAGUCCCAGUUUCUGAAGACAGCCUUGUUUCCUCCUUUGAAAAUGUUGCUAUUGAGUUGACUGUUGGCCUUCUUGGUGGUAAAGUGCAUGGAUCUUUGGCUCGUGCUGGUAAAGUGAAGGGUCAGACCCCCAAAGUAGAAAAACAGGAAAAGAAGAAGAAGAAGACUGGCAGAGCAAAGAGGCGCAUCCAGUACAACAGGAGGUUUGUCAAUGUGGUGGCAUCUUUUGGACGCAGGAGAGGACCAAAUUCCAACUCUGCACCUGCUUCCUAGGUUGGACAUAGAUAUGUAGCUUCUUAAGUUUGACAUACCUAAAUUAUGUAGCAGCAGGAUAUCUUUGUUGCUUGAAAAUAAAUACUUUUCAUUCAUAAUUUGGUUUUUUAUUUAGAAAUUUAAAUGAUGUUGAUUUCAACUAUGAAAGUGAGUACCUAUAAAACAAAUCUGUAGAUAUGCUGGAAGUAGAUAAAAAAUAUAUGAAUUUUGUGAAGUUUUAAGAAUAUUUUGAAAUGCAUGGGUCAUCCUUGAACUAAUACUGAUUUUGGUUAGGCAAUAUCAGCAAAAUGUAUUUUUUGUGGGGUAUCUUUGUUGCUUGAAAAUAAAUACUUUUCAUUCA